ACGCAACCUUCCACCUUCUACCACGGACACCAGCACCCCACUAACACACAUUGUCUCCCUGAGCCCCGAGUCCUCCUCCGUCCUGGUGCCCAUCACCUCCUGGUGAAACCAGAGACACACCAGCACUCCCUCCGUCAGAUAUGGCUUUCGGCUGCACCCUUGCCUCUGCCUGCAGCACAGCAGAUGCUCCUGCUCCCAGAUCUGGCUCGGAGAACAUGGCCACUUCAGUGAGGACGUUCCCAGUUGCCCUGUGGACACCAACAACGGCUCCCUGGCCAGGAGGAAACACCACCGCGGUGUUGGAGGCAAAGUGCGUCUUCAACGAGGAGUUCAAGUUCAUCCUGCUGCCCGUCUCCUACGGGCUCGUCUUCUUGGUGGGGCUGCCCCUCAACUCCUGGGCCCUGUGGAUGUUCAUCUGCAGGAUGAGGCCCUGGAAUGCCACCACCACCUACAUGUUCAACCUGGCCGUCUCUGACACACUCUAUGUCCUCUCCCUCCCCACCCUGGUCUACUAUUACGCCGACCGCAACAACUGGCCCUUCGGGAAAUGCCUCUGCAAGAUUGUGCGCUUCCUCUUCUAUGCUAACCUCUACAGCAGCAUCCUCUUCCUGACGUGUAUCAGCGUCCACCGCUACAUGGGCAUCUGCCACCCCAUCCGCUCCCUGAAGUGGGUGAAGACCAAGCACGCCCGUAUCAUUUGUGUGGCCGCCUGGCUUGUUGUCACCAUCUGCCUCAUCCCCAACCUCAUCUUUGUCACCACCAGCUCCAAGGGCAAUAGCACCCUCUGCCAUGACACCACCAAGCCCGAGGAGUUCGACCAUUAUGUGCACUACAGCUCCUCCAUCAUGGCCCUCCUCUUUGGGAUCCCCUUCCUGGUGAUUGUCCUGUGCUACUGCCUGAUGGCCAAGAGACUUGGCAAGUCCAGCUUCUCCAGCCCCAGUCCCCGAAUGCCCUCCUACAAGAAGCGCUCCAUCAAGAUGAUCAUCAUUGUGCUCACCGUCUUUGCCAUCUGCUUCGUGCCCUUCCACAUCACCCGGACCAUCUACUACACCUCCCGCUAUUUCCAAGCUGACUGCCGGACCCUCAACAUCAUCAACUUCACCUACAAGAUCACGCGGCCACUGGCCAGCAUCAACAGUUGCCUCGACCCCAUCUUGUAUUUCAUGGCUGGGGACAAGUACCGGGGGCGGCUACGCCGGGGGCCAGCCCAGCGGCUCCGGCCCGUACCCACGUGUGACCUGGCCCUGGUGUCCCCCUCUACGGACAAUACCAUGGGUGGUGGCCACACUGCCAGUGACACCCAGGGGACAGGGACGGCACGGAAUGGAGGCGGGUGCUGAGGGGCCAGCGGGGGUUACAGGAACCUCGUCCCUGAUCUCAAUGAAUUGCAGCCGCUCUGGGCUCCGUGUGGGCACCCUGGCACCCCUGGGUCCCCAGACCUGGCCCUGUUAGGGCAAAGACUGCAGGGCUGAGGAUGGGUGGCCACGGGGCUUGUCCCGGCCCUGCCCUGGGACGCCGUGGGAUGAGGGUGCCAGUACUGCUUGGGGCAGGACAGCCACCUUCCCAUGGGAAUGGGAAGGAUGCUGAGAAAGCCGGUUUGGGAUGGCAGGCUGGCCCGUGGCACAUGUCCCGGGGACACGCAGGGGCUGACAGGUCACUAAAGAGAAGGGACGCUGGUCUGUCCGUCCCUCCCUGGGCAUGCACAGCCCUUCCAGUCUGCUUGACAGUGAUGUGCAGGGACCAGACUGAACCUGGGGAUGGAGCCGAUGCUGGGUCCCCUGGAGAUGUCUCUGUCACACUGCUGGCCUUGGGAGAGGCGGGGAGGGACGCGGCACGGGG